AUGAACAACCAGUGUCUGUUUUGUGAUAUUCAAACAGUCCGACCGUGCUGUAAUCAAUGCCAAAUGAAAUGCCGCUCUGAACUAUUUGUUCAUCUGUUGUCCAUAUCAGGAAAAAUCGUCGCCCAUUCGAACUACUAUAAUCAAAUAAAACUACUUUGUGAUAGGAUAAGAACCAUUGAAUGGCUUAUAACACCUUUUCAAUUUGAGCCUCUUGAACAUUUCGACUCAUCAGUUCAUAAGAUUGAUCGUCAAGCAAAUGUAUAUCUUCUCAGAGCUGAUCCAGAUGUUCGUGAUCUGUUUCCAGUUAAAACAGAAUCUGAUGACAGUAGCUUGUAUCAUUCCAUUGCAUGUCUUGAUAGUAGUAAAACAAUAACUGCAAGCGAAUUACGAAUACGGACUCUACUAGAAUUAAUACAAAAUGGGCAACAAUAUAGCGAACGUUUAGCGCACAUUAUUGGGCCUUUAGAUGAAGCAAUUCGUCGUAUUUCGAGAAACUACACAUUCUCUGAGUUGUACGAGAUUGCUGCAUUGAGUAAUGUUCUUAAAUGUAAAAUCCGAAGUAUAUAUCCUAGAAUACAAUAUCGGUCAGAAUUAGAUGCUAUUAAUACUACAUUUGAUUUCGAUCCGGUUGGAUUGCCAUUCAAUACAAUUCACAUAUUCUGGACUCACACACAAAAUGAAGUCGAAGCACGGCAAAGUAAUGGAAGUAAUUGGUCACCCAAUCAUUUUGUACCGCUGUUAUUAUCGUCCAACAGCAGUCAUGAUUGGACAGCAUCAUCUCCAAACUAUAAUAAUUUUCUUGAAUCUACAAAAUCUAUCUCGUCAGGUUCUGAUUUAAACAAAAAUCUAUCUGCUCAUUCCCUUCUUCGUGGUAAACAAGGACAUACAUCAGUUGUUGAACAACACCCUGACAAUCAACGAGCAGCAGCUCGUGUCAGAAUGGCGGCAAAGGGGUCUGUUGCUACUCCAGAGCAAAUUGAGAAGGAAUUGGAAGCAAGUCGUAACAGAAUGGCUUUAAAACACGGAACUUCUACAUCAGAGGAGACCGAAAGAGAACGAAAUGCAUCGCGUGAAAGAAUGGCGUAUAUGAGAUCUAUGGAUACCACAGAAAAAAUGGAGAAACAACGAAAAAUCGAUCGAGAAAGAAUGACAUUGAAGCGAGCUGCUUCCUCAUCAGAACAGAUCGAAAGACAACGGGUGACAACGCGUGAAAGAACAGCACCGAAGCGAUUCAUGUCGAUUACGGAUGAAGUUCAGCAAAAACAACUAUCAGUUAGUAACAGAAUGGUACAACACGAAUCUACAGCAAGGUGUGAAGCAACAGAGAAUGCGGAAACACUAACACACGAAAGGACGAUAUUUGAACGAAACGUUUCUGUGCCAGAAGAUAUUCAGAAUCAGGAUUCCACGGUUAUUGAAUACGCGACAUCGAAGAGACUUGCAGUCACUCCGGAACAAAUUCGAAAGCGCCAAGAGGUAGAUCGUGAAAGAAAGGCUUCAAGGAGAGCUGCAGCUACUCCUGAACAAGCCGAAAAUGAUCGAGUAGCGGCUCGUGAGAGAAUGGCAUCAAAGCGACGUAGUAUUGUAUUAGCGGAACUUGCAGACAAUUCAUUGCUGCAUGAGCAGUUAUGCGACGAGGUAUCUAAUGAAGACGAUAAUGAUCCAAUCAUCCUAGAUCUAGUACAGAAACAUCGGAUAUUUGGAAGAACCAAAAACAAUGAGCCGAGAGAUGAGUGGUUCAAACCUGUGUCAUCUGAUUUGAAAAUGAAGUGUUUGAAAAAUUUUAUCAAACAUAUGUCUAUGGAUUUUCUUGCGGAGGAGAUUUGUGGUAUAUGUAAUAUACGAUGUUACAAACGAGAUAUGCACUGUGUACCUAUACAAAAAAUUCCAUCUGUUCAUGUUCUCAAAGCACAUGACGCGCUGCACGACAUACUUCUUAAGACUCAGCUAGUCCGCAAAGCAUGCACAAAAACUUAUGUGCAAGAAGGUUUUGACACUGCGUCAAAGACUUUCACAAAGACUAAAGAUGCAGACACAUGUGGCAAUUCGUCGUUAACCACACCUUCAUCCAUCUAUGAAAAUGGAGUCGUAUUUUAUGAGCGAGGAUUACAACACGGAUCGAAGAAUGACCGACGACAGGCCACUCGCUGCAAUAUUUGCCAAGAAUGCUGGUCUUAUCUAAAAAAGGAAAAAAUACCGAAGUUUUCACCAGCCAAUAAAGUAUGGAUAGGAGAGGUUCCUCAAGAAUUGCAAAACUUGACCAUUCCCGAACAGAGACUUAUAUCAUUGUAUCGGUAUAACAGCUGUAUUGUUAAGUUACAGUCAUCAUUUCACUCGAUGGAAACGGCUCAAUCUGCUCUCAGAGGAAAUUGCAUCAGUUUCCCUCAAAAUGUUGUCAACAUUGCUGAAAGUUUGCCCCUCACAUUAGAUCAAUUGUGUGAAUCAUUGAAAAUAAUCUUUAUUGGGACCCAGCUUCCAGAAAAGAUUCGAGUGAAAAGUAUCCUUACCGUUCGGAAGAAGAAAAUAUUGAAUGCGCUUCAAUGGCUUCGCCAAAAUAAUCCACUCUACCGAAACAUAAUGAUCAACUCAUCAAGCAUAGACCACCUACCUGAUGACGAUGUUCCAGAAUGCUUGUGGAAAACUAUGGAAGUCUCGAACAACAUUGAGCACAGUGAUCAAGAAAGAGCAAAUUAUGUUCCAGAUCCGUUACAAGAAGCACAGAAAUCACGAGAUAAUGUAACUGUGACAUUGACCACAAGCGCUGUAGUCGACGUAAAUGCUGUUAGUGUUUCAUGCGAAGAUGUUACUAAAUGCCUGCUUGAGAAAAUAAGAAUGGAAACAAAAGACAAAACUGCAACGGCGGACGCAAUCGAACAAAAUGACCAAGAUACUGUAUACAUGAUUCCGCGAGGUCAUAAACCAGCUAGUGAAUAUUUAAAUCCGGACUUAUUGAUGGGGAUGUUUCCUACGCUAUUUCCAUAUGGGCGUGGUGCUCUGGAAGAUUCUAGUCGACCUGAUAAAAUAUCUUUGCUAGAACAUAUACGUUAUCUUUUGUCGUUAGAAAAUCGUCGAUUUCAGAAAAAUGACUCUUUUAUUUUUAUCGUUUUCAAUAUUUUACAGAGUCGCACAGUAUGCUUUCACGCUCAGCUCAUGACAACACGACCAUAUUUUCAACAAUCGGCUCACAAACUUGAAACCUUGACUUCUAAUGAUGUAGCAACAGCUUUGGCCAAUAUUUCGAAACAAUCCAAUUCGUCAGUUGAUGAUCCACGAGUUAAUGUGUUAAUGAAACAUAUCAAAGCUGUUGGUGGACGGGUCAUGGGCUCGUGUCACUCGCGAUCGGCUCUUCGCACCAAAAUCCAUGCUCUCUGUUUCUAUCUAGGUCUACCGAGUCUUUUUGUCAUAAUCAAUCCAGCUGAUAUUCACAGUCCGGUGGCAUUGUACUUCUCUGGAAUUGAUUUAAAUCUUGAUAAUAUCUUAGUAGAAGAUAUGCGCACAACCUACGAACGUGCACAUAUAAUUGCGGGCCAUCCGGUGGCUGCUGCUAAGUUUUUCAAUGUUUUGAUUAAAAAUAUCCUGAAGUUUCUUGUUCUUUGUGGUAUAGUUGGCCCUACAAGUGCAUACUUUGGUACCGUAGAAAGCCAAGGAAGAGGAUCUCUUCAUUUACAUCCACUAAUCUGGCUCGGCCACGAUUUCACGCCUGCGCAACUGAAAGAGAAAAUCCAGGAUUCCGAAUUUCGUGCAAAAUUACUUAGUUAUAUUGAGGAUGUAGUCAAAGAAGACCGAGAUCUAUUUCAAGAUAAAACCAAAGAUCAGUCAACGAAAACUACAGCGGUGGCCACUAAUAAUUCUAUACAAAAGACAAUUAAUGCGAAUCCUGCAAGUUUACCCAUACCAAAUCCAGAUUCUGUUAAUUUUGUUGAAACGUUUCAUGAAUACGUCAAAAAACUGGUUGAGACAGUAAACAUUCAUAAGCAUUCAACGACUUGCUAUAAAUAUUCCAAAGCAAAAUCAGAUGCUACGAAAAAGUGCCGGAUGCGCAUGCCACGGGCACUCGUUGCCGCAUCAAAUAUUGAUCCAAUCACAGGCGAAAUUGUCAUGCGCCGCUCACAUCCAUGGAUCAAUAAUUUUAACGAAUGGGUCAUAACAGCUUGCCAGUCUAAUAUGGACAUCAAAUUCAUUUGGAGUGGUAGUGAUGCCAAGGCACUCGUUUAUUACAUUACAGACUAUGUAACAAAAUCAAGUCUAUCCUUUUAUGAUAUGUUUGCAUUGGCUCAAGAAGGAGUGAAAUCUGUUGAACAACGUGAAACUAAAACUGUAUCUGAGAACAUCAUUGAAAAGUCGCGUAAACUAGUUUUACGAUGCUAUAACAUGAUUGCAUCUCAUCAGGAAGUAUCAGGUGUUCAAGUGGCAUCUUAUCUAAUGAAUUACGGUGACCACUAUACUACACAUACGUUUCAAAAUCUUUUUCUUAUAUCUAUCGAACAUUAUCUCCAAAUCGAACUAAAUAAAGAAAGAUGUAGGACACAGUCUAUGGAAGCGGAAAUCAGUGUGAAGCUAGCACGAAGGAGCUAG